UCCAAAUGAUUGUGUUUGGCAACAGAACUAGAGAGAAUUCCCUCCAGGCUACUAAAAAAACCAACAAUUCCCUCCAGGCCACUGAAAAACUUGUGUUGUCUCAUUGCUUUUCGCAAUUGGCCAUUUUACCCUCCCCAAAACAAUGAACUGGACUUGACCCCCGACCCCAUUCUCUUCUUCCACUCAGUUUUUCAGAACCCUAGAGCAAGAAGCGGCAACGGCGGAAAUCCAACUCAAAUCCACUCCAGUACUAUUGAACCGUGGAAUGUGGUUGAGAAUGCCUUAGAUUUGUUUGAUCGGGAAGUGCUCCCGAUUACCGGAAGGCGCGGCCGGUCCUCGCGGCUGCCCGUUCGCGGCCCGGGUCAGCGAGAGGGAGAGCGGGAGCGGGGCGCUGGGAGCCUCGGCGGCGACGACUGGCGUGCAUUGCAGGUCGGAGGCAAGCUCCUGCUGCAGAACUUCGCCGCGCUGGUGGAGGUGUCAGGCUGCUGCUGGAGGUGGAAGGCUCUGGAGGCGAGCGAGUGUGAUGGCGAAGUCAGGGUCUGACGGGAUGGACCCAGAAACCAGUUUUAAUCUAGAAAUGAGGAUCAUUUGUACCAAUGUAAGAAGCUGCUGGUUUAGCUUUGACAAAGUGGUAGAUGCUGACACUACAAAUUUUAAAGAUCUUGUUGAUGACAUCGUGGGAAAGUAUCCUCCUGAUUAUGGAGAGGUAGUCAAGUACUCAAGUUGUACUAUUUCUGUUUUGAUACAAAAUCAAACAUUCAAAUCACAACAGACCAUGACUUAGUUUACAUGUUUUCCAAACAUGAAAGCAGCAAGGUCAUUUGUAUGUCAAUUGCUUAUCAUGCUCCUAGUUGUGGUCCACCACACAUACCUCUAUAGGAUGAAAAAAAAAUCUGAAUAUGUUGAGGUCCCAUGCACCCCAUCAAUGGCAGCCCCAUCCUAGGUAGAUCCUAGCCAAGCCACUUAGAGUGUAAGUCAAGCUUCCAUUGAAAACCAGCCAGAAGACACUUAUCUCCUAAACCCUGAACCAGAAAAUGAGCAUGUUGGAGUUGAUGAUGAGGGAUUGUACAUCAAAAUCCUUUGCAAUCUUCAAUCCAUGCCUAACACCAUUAGUGAAGCAGAAUAUGUUCCUGACAGUGUUGAUGAUGAUUCAGACUCUGAUGACUCUGACUCUGGUUAGAGUGAGAAAGAUGAAAUAGUGAAAGACAUUGUGCCACCACACAUCCCUGAAGUAGUUUAUGACAAAGAUGACCCUCCUAUGACUGUAGGAAGUAUUUAUCACAACAUUGAUGCAUUUAAGUUGGCUUUGUCAUCUCAUGCAAUCAAACAUGAGUUUGAGUAUAACACUGAGAAGAGUGAACCAGGGAGAUUCAGAGCAUAUGCAGCGGGGCAGUAGAUGGCUGUAAGUGGAGGAUUGAUGCUUCUGCAAUGGAUGAUGAGGUGAAGAAAAACCUUUGUUCCCAUGAUUGUAACAGCACCAGGAGAAGUGGGAAGGUGAAAAUUGUAACCAAAUUUUGGAUAUGUGACAAAGUUAAAGAUUGGUUACUGGAUGAUAAAAACUUGGGUGCAAAGGAACUGCAGAGAAGGAUCAAAGACAAAUACAAGGUAGAAGUGAACUACACGAGAGUUUACCAAGGUAAAGAACUUGCUCUAAAACAGUUAUAUGGUGAUUGCCUGAUUGGGACAAGAGUUUUGACAACUUGUAUAGAUUUAAGGAGCAAAUAGAAGCAUCAUCUCCUGGUAGUAUUGUAGCUAUUGAUCAUCAUACUAUCAAUGGGAAGAUCAGGUUCAAUAGACUUUUCUUUGCUAUGAAACCUUGUAUUGAUGGGUUUCUUCAAGGAUGCCGGCCCUACUUGGCUAUAGAUAGUACAUUUUUGACUGGAAAGUUUAGAGGGCAAUUGUGCAUUGCUUGUGCAGUAGAUGGGCAUAACUGGAUGUAUCCAGUUGCUAUUGGAGUGAUUGACUCAGAGACCAAUGAGAAUUGGAUAUGGUUCAUGGAAAGACUUAAGGAAGCUAUAGGGAUACCUGCAGGCUUAGCUUUUUGCACAGAUUGUGGGCAGGCUGUAAUGGCUGGUGUACAUGAAGUGUUCCCAACUGCAGAGCACAGAUAAUGCAUGUGGCAUCUUGUUCAAGACUUCAAAAAAAGGUACACCGGAAAAGUGUUUGACAACCAUUUGUGGUUAGCAGCAUACUUAUGGCAUCCGUAUUGGUUUGAGAAGCAUUGGCAAGCAAUGGCAGCAGUUAAACCAGAAGCAAUGCGAUACUUGCAGCAAAAUCACAACAAGUUGUGGACUAGGAGCCAGUUCUCAACACUAUGCAAGGUUGACUAUGUCACCAAGAACCUGGCAGAGGUCUUUGAUAGUUGGAUCGAGGCUGACAAAGGCCAACAUUUGGAUGACCUAAUGGAUACCUUUAGACAGAAAUUGAUGGUCAAGUGGAACAUUAGAAGGAAAAUUGCCAAUAAAAUGAAAGGCAAGAUAUUGAAGCAUAUUAGAAAGAAUUUGCAAGAGCAUAGCAGGAACCUUGAUAUGGAAGUCUAUUCUAGCAGUGACAGAAUUGCAGAGGUCUGUGUUAGGGGAAUAAAUGGCUGCAGAAAUGCGGUAAACUUGGAUGACAAGAUAUGUUCAUGUAGACAAUGGCAAUUAUCAGGAAAACCCUGCUCCCAUGCUAUUGCUUUCAUUACAUCAUUGAGGACUGAGAAGUUGGAAGAUUAUGUGGACAUGUAUUUUUCGGUGGAAAAAUUCAGGGCAGCAUAUCAGGGUGUGAUCCCUGCUCUACCAGACAAGUCUGUAUGGCCUAAGUCCAGUCAUGGCUUCUUCAUGUAUCCUCCUCUUCUGAAGUCAACAUCUGGAAGGAGAAAGCAAUCCAGGUUCAAGGGUUCCAAAGAGGGUGGCCAAACAAGCACCAAGGGUAGGCACAGAUGCCCAAUUUGUAAGCAAUAUGGGCAUCAUUGGAACAAUUGCAAAAAUGGUGAUCCAGAAGAUAUUGCAGCUAUGCUAGCUGGAAGAGGCCCACCUAAGAAGAAUGAGAAGAAGGCUGUGCAAGCAUCGACUGAGACAAGCGUGGUGCUUGCAUCUGCUCCAAAAAUGAUUUACCCACAAUUCAGUUGCAAUAAUACAACCUCAUCUACCAAGAAAAGAAAGAGAACUCCCACUUCUAGUUCUGGGACAUCUUCAUCUGUGAGAUUGUCAGGAUCAGGCUCUAACCAACUAGAAGACGUCACUAAUUCUAUUGUAUUCCCACCUGCAAAAUCUGAUCAACCAUCUGGCAAUGGCAACAAGAAGGGAAAAAAGAGACAGAAGGAGGAGGAUGAUUCAGUGGAGAAAAAGACUAUAGGUAAGAAGAAUGCAGUGGAUAAUGAGACGACAAGAGAGGUUCAUAGUCCUGCAAUGGGAACCAGAAGCAAGGUUCCAACAUUCCUUUCCAGUCCUGCCAUGGGAACAAGAAGCAAGAGGAGGCUUAGUAUCUGAUGUUGCUAUUGCCAUUAUCUUCUUGUCAAAUUACAACUUCUAUUUUGGGACAUCCUUAAUGCUAGACCAAAACUGUUUGAUGGUCAGUUAGGAUGACCAAAAAUAUGAUCUAUGAUUUGUUAUUCUAAGACAUGGAUUAGUUAUGUUGUGUCAAAUUUAGUACUUUUGCUGGUUUGGAACUAAGUGAUCUGUGAUGUGUUCAAGUUGGU